GGCGUCUAUAUAAGUCUGCGCAAAUAGAUUCCCCCCAAGAUCCCAAGGACACAAAGACGUCACCCACCACAGCCUCACCCCCAGCCUCGCAGCUGACUAACCCAAAAACUCCCCCCGAGCUCCGCGCCGCCCUCUUCACAACGAAUUAUAUACCCCAUUUUCCCAACCCGCAUUCUCAACUACAAAAGCGCCGCUUCGGAAUUGACAGGCACACAAUAUUAUACAAUGCUGCAGCGAAUGCUGGGCGCUAGAGGACGCGCUGCUGUGUUGGCGCCGUUGAGGGCGAGGAUUGCGCCGAAUGCUGGGAAGACGGUGCAGAGACGGGGACUUGUCAGUCCGCCGAAGGUGGGGGGUGCGCCGUUGAUGGAGAGGAGAGCUGAUAGGGAACUGCCUGAAAUCCAGCGCUCGGGAAUGAAAUGGCUCCGCUCAAUCCCCAUCUUCAUCGCCGUCCUCACCGGCUGCACCCUAGGCAUCUUCAACUACCAAAAGUCCUCCUCCUCCGUCGUCUCCUCCACCAUGUACGCCCUUCGCACCUCCCCCGCCGCGCGCGAGUUCCUUGGCGACGAGAUCUACUUCGCGCACCAGAUGCCGUGGAUCUGGGGGGAGAUGAACCAGCUUCAUGGGCGGAUCAAUAUCCAUUUCGAAGUCAGGGGGACGAAGAGGCAGGGUACGAUGCGGUUCAGGAGCUUUAGGAGGGGGGGAAGGAAUGGGGUGUUUGAGACGGAGGAGUGGAGUUUGGAGGGAGAGGAUGGGGUGAAGGUCGAUUUGUUGGAUAGGGGGGAUGUGUUUAAGGCGAUUUAUGCGGCGGAGGAGGAGCAGAAGAAGGUGGGGAGGGGGUCGUAUAGUCCGACGCUUUCGGGAUAGGGUGGGUUGGUGAUGGGGAGGGAAGGGAGAUGUGGGAAUGAAAUGGCAUGGGAUGGCGUCUUUGUGGCCGUGAUUUGCACGGGCCGUGUAUACUUCACUAUAGGUUGUACAACUACUCUCAAACAUCUGAUCAAAAGCUCUGUAAUAUUCCUUUGUAUUCUGGGGUAAUGUGUGGUUAUAUUAUACAACAACUCCGUUCUGGAUUUGAGGCUGUGGGUAGGACAAUCCGCAUCUACAUCACCGGAACAUAUAUGUAUAUAAACAAUCUCAAUAUAAGCAAUCUCAAG